UUAAUAUGGCCAGAAAGUCAGUUUUAUACCAAUACUACUGUAAUGUAUUUUGAUGCGGUGCCAAUUGGCAAAGUUGUUCACUCUGCACUUUUCAACACUCGUGGUCACGCCUACGUGCUCUAUAACACGUUGUAAGCUUGAAGCAGCCAUGUCAGACUUCCGGAUCAGAGACCUCCAACCAGAGGACUGUAGGGAGCUGGUCAACAUGAUCAAGGAGUUGGCAGAGUUCGAAGGACUUCCAGAGCAAGUCAAGAUCACAGAAGAGACAUUAAGGAGAGAUGGGUUUGGUGACCGCCCUUUUUACCACUGUUUGAUUGCUGAGGUUCGUAAUAAAGACAGUCAAGAUGGGCCCUGGUUGACAGUGGGCUAUGCUAUGUACUUCUACAGUUAUGGUACCUGGGUAGGACGGAUGAUCUACUUAGAAGACCUGUACAUCAAACCACAGUAUAGAGGCAAAGGUAUAGGGACUUCCAUGAUGACAAAAGUUGCUCAGAUUGGAGUAGAGAAUGAAUGUCAGCGGAUGCAGUGGGUGGUUCUAAACUGGAACCAGGGGGCGAUCGACUUCUACAAGAAACACGACAGCAUUGACCUAACCAGCGACGAGAAGUGGCAUCUGUUUCGUAUGGAGCGGGAAGAGCUGCGAAAAUUCGCGACGCUCCACGAUCAAACUGUCGUUAAAGGCUGUUAACAAAUGUAAUGUUAUAGUGAAAAGGUUUAAACUUUGUUCCAACACAAUAAGAAGACUCACCAUAAAUUUUCAGUGGAGAACUCCGACCUUCGUCAGAUAGAUGACUCACUGUUCUGAUGUUCCGGAAGUCGUCGGAUGACGUCAGGCAACAGCGAAUCAUAAAUGGCGGGAAGGCAAAACCUGCCACCGUCACGUUUCAGGGAGGUUUGAUGCGCCCUAGUGUAAAUGGCCUCCUUGACACCCCUGACAAAUGUAAUGUUAUAAUUAUCAAGGAAGCUCAUAUGUGUUGUGAGUAAUCAUAGUACAAUGCUGAACUUCCUGGCACGUUUGAGCAAUUGCUGACGACACGUAUCCGCAAGAUCACGUGUUAAUAAGAUCACCUUUACAUAAUUCUUGCGAGUUUUCGUUCUGAAGUGAUUGGUCAUCAGCAUGGAUCCAAAAUAAGGCGACUGUGGUCGUUAAAAAUUUGAUCCGUGUGUACUUUUGCGUUGGAAGAAAGUUUAACAUUGCACUAUAAUAUUAUAAUUGUGCAGGAAGAUUUUAAUUGUAGAUAAAAAUGUAACCGUUACCUAGUUAGGCUCUUUUAGGCCACAUCAAUUAUGGUAUUGGUUCUUGGAAAAUGCCCAUUCUUAUGAGAAAAAAAAAAGAUUCACCACACCUUCCAUUCAGUCAAUUUUUACCCUUAAAUUACUAUGAAACCAUUCAACAACUUUCCAGUAUAGUUAUUGUCCUCAGUGUCUUUAUAAGAUUCUAACAAUGUGGGUACAUUAAUGAUUGCAGUAAGAUUUUUCAUACAUGUA